AUGCACUGUGAAGUGCCAACAUCCUCAAGGUCAUUUCAUCACCGUUGCACCUUUUACUACAACACCGUGGUACUCGUUGGUCCCUUCCGCUGCCACAUUCCAUUACUUUUCGCGAUGCCCUUGUAUUGGACAAACAGACUUCUUCGGCGUAUGAGAAGGUGUAGACGUGGUAUAAAGAUCUCGCUGUAUCCACGUCCAUCACAAUAUCAGCACUCGAAUAGUUCUCAGGAGCCCAUUUCUCAGCAGCAACGAGCCAGUAGACAGUACCAAGAGACUUCACAGCGCUGUCCAAUACCGUCUCGUGCACAAAUCUCUUUAUCAACAUAUCCCUGCUCUUCUACUUCUACUUCAACCUCCACCACGGCUCGAAAAUUAGUAAAAGCUGUGUCAACUGCGAAGAAGCGGCCGAUGCAUGGCAGUCCACCACUCGUGAUAGGAGGCCCUCAAGGCUUCAAAAAAGGAACUGAAGCGGCGGAUUUAAUGCUCCAACUAGGAAUACCAAUACUACGAGGGGCCGGUGAUAGAGGGAACGAGACGAUUUCCAAGCCGGUGUCUCCAGACGACGCCAAAGGAAGUAUGCUGUCGUUGUUGGCCUUUGCGAAGGAGUAUAGACUGCCACCGCGAACAAGCUCAAUGGCGGCGCCUCCGCUGGCGCAUCGGCAUAAAUCACCGCCAAAAAUGGCGCGGCCAAAUCCGCUCAGAUCGCACCCACCAGAGCCAGUGCGGCCACCACCACCACCCCCACCACCUGCAGUCGAGCUUGAGGGAAGUAGCCCACCGUCAUCGACAAGCAGGGGCCGCAGUCGCGGGAGCAACAAUAGUGAAGCUUUAAAAGCACAUCGUCACAGCGUGAUCUACGGCGGCUUCGAAUCAGGAUCACCACUCUUUCCAAUCGUCGAGGAGGUGGAAGAUAUGCCGUUACCAGAAUCAGGAUAUUCAGAUUCCUCUGGCCAAGUCACGCCCAAUGCUGGACCCAAGCACCGAAACACAGCAAUAGCUGACACUAAAGCCCGCAGUUCUCGACUCCUAGCUAUUGGGAAACUUCCGCUCGAAAUGCGAGAGCCGCUGAAGAUCUGGCAAAAGUAUAUGAGAACCGGAGUCAUUGACGUUGAUAUGUGCCCCGAAGCACUUGACAGUGAAGGAAAUUCCACGUGGAUGCACUGUUGGGGUCUAUUCAAUCUUUAUACGUUCAGUACGUCGUUCAUGAACGAUACCGAGUUCGCGGACCGCGUAAUGGACAUGCUGUGCAAGAACUUGAAUCCAGGAAAGGCCGCUGAUGUCGAUACGAUAUGCUUACUCUUUACCGGAGAGAGUAUCUCUUCCAAGCUCAAGCAGCUUGUUGUUGAUCGGUGCAUCGAUGGUGAGCUGAAGAAUUUCAGGCGCAGCGUCACCAGAAAUCUGCCCCAUGAGUUUGCUGCGGUUGCGCUCGAGGCGGCAAUGGAGCGACUGGCUGAUUCAGAGUGGCGCCAACGAUUGGAAUCACCCUGCCGUUACCAUCGACACAAGAGCGCUGAUGACUGUUACCUGCGCAAGUUGGCUAAUGAGCGCCACAGGCGCAUCUUGAAGAAUAGGAAGACGAGAAAAAGUCGGGCGGCUACGCAGGCUCCCUUGGAGCUUGGAACAAUGGGGCCUGAGAAGACCGCUGCUGAGUGCACAAAUGGUGAGGGAAUCGCCGUACAAGAUGAAGUGAUCCCGGCGCCGAGCACUUAUAGAAAGAUUGUCAACGACCCAGAAGAUGAAGGCGAUCAAACCUCGACGCCUACUAGCGAGUCCGUAAGCAUCGGCAGUGUCCAAGAGGCCGAUCUGGACACCGAUGAGUCAUCCGUCAUUGCAGCACUGCGUCCAGAGGACUCAAACCUGUCAACUGCGAAAUCUUGCGAGGUCGUAAAGACGGCCAGAAUGGUGUCUGUGGUCAAUGUGACAGCCACCCCUCGUCCAAAGCCGGAGAACUCUUUCCAAUGCUCGAAGUCUUCACGAAAAGCCAAGGGCGGACAAACAAUAGUGGACAAAUGGCCGAGCUUGAGCCAGUCCGUGUCCAUAGGCUCCAAUGGACUUCUGAUGCCAGGGGCAUACCCCGAAGUCUUGUGUUCUGUUGGACAUGCGGUGUAACGUAUACUGUACGGUUGCGAAGUUGCGGAUAC